AUGAAGUCGUUAGUUGAGAAAUAUGUCCCUCAGACAUUCACAUUCAAAGUAUCAGAGCAAGAACAUGGUAAAACUUGCCAAUACAUCAACGGCACAGGAAUACUCCACUGUGAUGAUCCUUCAGGGUUGUCCAAUACUACAGUAUAUGGGGACUACCACAAACACCCGCUCUCCUUAUACUCCUCCUUGCAUCAGUUCACGCAGUGCGAAGAAACCAACACACUCUAUUCACUCAACAUCAGCAAACCCCGGUUGUUCAUCGAAGAUUUCAACAAAAUGGCUGCUGUCCUUGUGGAUCAACUUAAAAAUGACGAUGCAUUCAAGGACCUCUCGCCGUUCUUUCAGGGUAAGAUCCCGCGGAUGAUACGGACAGACACGGUCUCUAAGCAUUUCUUCAAAUUCGCCGCCACUUCAGUAUGGCUUGAAGAACAUAGGGUACAUUUUAUGGUUAGCCGUGUGUUGUUUUCCCGGACGGGUGUGAAAUGGGUCCCGCAGCUUUCAUUAUUGUAUGCCGAGACGUUCAACCAGAACUGGGAGCCUGUUGAUUUCGAGUUGAAAGUGCAGGGAGAAACAAUGAAGUUUCCUUCAUUCUUGCCUAUUCCAUUCUAUCACAAUGUCAAGCAUAUGAAAAAGAGAUGGUAUGGGCCUGAGGAUGCAAGGAUCUUACUUGUCAAGAAUGAAGACGGCAAGGAUGAACCGUUGGUUAUUUUCAAUGCCCACCAUAGAAGGUUUAACGAAAGUUAUAUUGAACAACAUGGGCCUAUUCCCUUCAUCCAUUAUCGAUCCAUGUUCAUUGCCUGGCCAUUCCGGUUUGAAUUGGGCAAGAAAGCUACUGAUUCCAUGCCUGAUCAGAAAUACAACACUACCCGGUUUAAUAAAGCGCGAGAGUUGCGUAUUGAAGGAAAAGAACGUCAAAUUGUGGAAAAGAACUGGACACCUUUUAUUGACACUAGUGAACGCACAAUACACGAUUCCCACCUUCAUAUAGUCUACGACUGGGAAUACCUCCAAGUUCUCAAAUGUCAAUUGACAAACUUGACCCUGGACUCCAUGAGUUACUGCAAAGUGAUAUUCACCACUCCUGGACAGGGAGAUGUGGGUCCGAUUAGAGGUGGGACUGAGUUGAUUCCACUUAGCCAAGUCAGCACCAGCACUGCACCAGUAUGGGUGGGGUUCUUGCGUACGCAUAUUUUGAAGUGUGGUUGUGGUAGGGAAAUGUAUCGUCCUCAUUUGGUGGUAUUUCGUCGUCACGGGGACAAUUUCAAGGUUAGCCACUUGUCAUCUUCACUUGGUUUGGAUGUUCCUAUUCAGAGUGCGAGAUAUAUGAGUAGGUUGUGCACUGGUGGUGAUCCGAAUAUCUUGAUGCCGAACGGGAUCUCCACAUGGGUGUAUGAUAAAAAUACCGAUACUGAUUAUUUGACGUUGUCAAUGAGUACUGGUGAUGUCGAUAACCUAUUGAUUGAUUUAAAAAAUAUUGGUAAGCUUGUGGAAACACAAUUGGAGAUUGGUCAGGGUUGGAGUAAUGAUGCUGAGUCAUCAUUAAAUAUGAAUGCUUGUGUUUUGGAAAGUUCAGUGGAGUUUUGUUGGAAUUACGGUGAUGAGAUCAAAAAGGAGUUCCUUCGGAAAGUCCAAAAACAGGAAAGGAAAAAGAGACCGGCAAAGCAGAAGCAGCAGCAGCAGCAGCAGAAACAGAAGCAGCAGCUGCUGAAGCAACCGGAUGUAUUAGGUUAG